AUGCCCGGAAAGACAUUGAGUCCAUACGAACAGGUCCCCGUGACCAAGGAAGACCGUACGUCCGCCUUCUCACCAACAUUGACUCUCCCUAACAAUUGGAUAGUUGACUGGGCCGAGCUCAUCACCCUCGAUCUGAGCCAAUUCGAGAAGCCCGGCGGCAAGCAAGAGCUCGUCAAGCAACUUGAGCACGCUGUUCGCCAUGUUGGUAUGUUCCUCUCAACCAAGCUAAUAAUUCUUCCACUGACGUUUAUCNNAGGUUUCUUCUACGUGAAGAACUUCAACAUUAGCCAAGAAGAAGUCGACCGUCAAUUUGCUCUGGGCCGCGAGUUCUACGACCUGCCUCUGGAAGAGAAGCUUAAGUACCACAACAUCAAAGACCUCGAAGCCGGAGAGUACAACGGAUACCGACCUGCCGGCCUUCGCUCACUCGCAUCUGGCAUCACGGACAACAUCCAAGUCUACAACAUUCCCAAGUUUGAUGGACAUCAUAAACGUCAGCAACCUGCUGUACUUCAAGACCACAUCAAGGAUAUCGAGACAUUCAGUCGUAAGUGUCACUCGGAAGUUGUGGUCAAGUUGUUGAAGCUCUUUGCUCUUCUGCUCGAGAUCGACGAGGAAUUCUUCAUCAAGGACCAUUUCUAUGAUGACUUUGGUGAAGAUCACCUACGCUACAUGCACUAUGCCGCUCGCAGCGCAGAAGAGAAUGCUAAGGUGGGAGAGCUCUACACCCCUGGUCACACCGAUCUGGGCUCUGUGACACUCCUAUUCCGCCAACCAGUUGCAGCAUUGCAGAUCUUGAACAACGAAGGCCAGUGGAAGUGGGUCAAGCCUCAAGAUGCGACCAUCACGAUCAACACUUGUGACGCAUUGACUGCAUUGACAGCGGGAUAUGUCAAGAGCAGCGUUCACCGUGUCCGCGCACCCCCGAGCGAUCAAGCCCACAUCGAUCGACUGGGUGUAUUGUACUUUGCACGACCCAACAACCACGUCGUCUUGGACCCUAUCAAAAGUCCAGUCCUUGAUCGCUUGGGUCUCACUUCCAAUGCUUUCACCAAUCUCAACCAACAUCUCACUAUGCAGGAGUGGGUCAAACUCCGGCAGACGCAGCAGCAGAGAAAGACUGAGACGCCGGAGAUCAAGGAGGGCAAGUACUUCUAUAAGCCCAAGGACCUUGAGAUUCUUCCCGGCUUGGCGGCUACGGUACACAACUAA